CAUAAUUUGUAUGCUUUAUUUAUGUUAUUUGUUGUAUACAUGUAGCGACAAUAACUAUAGUUUGAUUUGAUUUGAUUUGAAAGGUCUUCUAUGAAGAUAGUCAUGUUCACCACAUACGAUACAGCCCUAUCACAGACCUCUGUUCUCACUGCUAUGUAUCAUGUAAAGUGGUGCCAUCCAUGCCCACGGCAGAUGUGAACAAGUCUACUGACUACAGUGUUUGGAUAUGUAUAUCGAAGCAGACUGGACAAGUGCAUGCAGCUGAUUGUAACUGUCCUGCAGGAAAUGGAGAAUCAUGCAACCAUGUGGCAGGUCUUCUGUAUGGCUUAGUCGACAUCACAGAGAAGAAGCAGUCUGGGGAAUUAGCGCCAACCGCUGAACCCUGUAAAUGGAGCCAGCCAAAAAAGAGGAAAUUGUCCCCCAAAAAGGCAGAACAGAUGAAAUUUCGAAAAUGCACAAAUACUGGUAUGUAUAUGUAUUAAAUAGUGUGUUGGGAAUUGAUAGA